AUGCAAUUCCGCUCCGUUAUCACCCUUCUCGCUGCUGCUACUGCUGUCACUGCCACCCCCGGUGGAGGUGAGUCCCAGUGCAGCCCUGAGCAGGCCAACAAGUGCUGCUCCGGCCUCACCAACGGCAUCCUGAACCUCAACGUCCUGCCAGCCCUUUGCCUUCCUCUUCUCGCAGACUGCAACAACCAGGUCGCCUGCUGUGAGAGCAAUGGAAUUGGCCUCCUCAACUGCCUCACCAUUCAGCUUUAA